UGGUGGUGAAUCGUCCUGCAGACGAUCAGAAGGCAAACCAACUGACUUGGGAAUGCAGUCGACCUUGGAGCUCUUCUACACAGCAGAUUGUCCAGAAGAUUAUCAACUAUUCCAAGGCAUCUGCUACAAGGCGUUCAACUUUGCUGCCACUUUCGAGCAGUCUGUCAUUCGGUGUGUUAAGGACGGCGGAACACUCGCCAUGCCUCGCGAUCAGAAAACUAAUGAAUUUCUGGUCAGGCUGAAGAAGUUGGUCGAUCAAAAAUCUCCGUUUCGGUUCGGCCUUCACGACAUCCUUGACGAAAACGUCUGGAGGUGGAUGGAUGGCCAAGAACUGGGGAACUUUACAGACUGGGGACCCGGGGAACCUAAUGACGCCAAGAGAGGACCGGGUGAGGAUUGCGUCGAAUACUUACCGUACCACAAGGACAAGUGGAACGACGUGGCAUGCCAGGAGAAGAGGAAAUUCAUCUGCCAAGUGGAUACAUCAGAAUCCGUCCUCGUCUCGGGCUCGAUUGAUGCCGGCGUUCGUUACGAGGGGAGGGCAGUACUGGAAUCCCCCGUCUUCAGUACCAACUGUAGCAACAGCACACUGGUUUUCCACUACGAAAUGCAAGGGUCUACUGUUGUCCCCACCGCCACACUAUACGUUUUCCAUCGUUGACAACGAGUCGAACUCUGAUUCUGAACUGCUGGGAACCAUUCCAUUCAAGCUGACUCAUGGACAAACGAAUCGCGUACAGAUGGAUUUCCAUAGGAAGCAGCCUUUUCGCGUGGUCUUCACAGCUGAACUAGAUCACUCUGCAAACUCAGCUGGCAGAGUAGGCCAAAUCCACCUGUUUGAUGUCAUGGUCGUCAACGGCAAAGCAUGCAG